GGGAGUUGGAUGGAAGAGGAGGAAGCAAGAGUAGGUUAACGCUGGCAGCUGACCUGCUGGGAAGGUCUGGGGAGAUGGCCUCUCCGCUCACUGGCCCCACAGCGGUCGCGGAUGUGAUUAAAGAUUUAGACACUCAGAUAGCUUUGAUUGGUUUGGGUCCCCACAACCCCAAGAAGAAGCAAGACCUAGAUAAGCUUUAUGAUCUGAAAGCUAAAGCCCAACAGAUUAUGAACCAGUUUGGCCCUUCUACCCUGAUCAACCUCUCCAACUUCUCCUCGAUAAAGCCAGAACCAGCCAGCACCCCCCCUCAGAGCUCCAUGGCCAACAGCACCACCGUGGCAAAGAUGCCUGGGACGCCCAGCGGAGGAGGACGGCUCAGUCCUGAGAGCAACCAGGUUUUAACCAAGAAGAAAUUGCAGGACCUGGUGCGUGAGGUGGAUCCGAAUGAGCAGCUGGAUGAAGACGUGGAGGAAAUGCUGUUGCAGAUCGCUGACGAUUUCAUAGAGAGCGUGGUGACGGCCGCCUGCCAGCUUGCGCGGCAUCGCAAGUCCAACACCCUGGAGGUGAAAGAUGUCCAGUUACAUCUUGAGCGUCAGUGGAACAUGUGGAUCCCAGGCUUUGGUUCUGAAGAAAUCAGGCCCUACAAAAAAGCCUGCACUACAGAAGCUCACAAACAGAGAAUGGCACUGAUUCGCAAAACCACCAAGAAAUAACCCCUGGGAAGCGCCGGGAGAAGAUGCCAGUGCAUUUUGGGAUAUCUGCCUCUCCACUGAAGCCUCCACAAUGCCAUCCAUGGGAUAUUUUUUUUAAUGCUUUACAGAGAAGCAUAUAUUUUUUAUUAAUGGUGCAGCAAUAUCUUGACUUUAUGAGGAGAUCUGCCAAAAAACGUUCCACGCCCCCUUCCUCGUCGCCCCGAAGAGCGCAACGUAUCUCAAAACAAAGACUUUUAUUCGUGACUUGAAAGUGGUUUAUCGUAUCAGUGAUUAUCCAAGGGACAGAGCGUUUGAUCUUGUGUGGGACAGUAUUAGAAGCAUCUGUAGAGGUUUUUGUUUCCUCCUUCCUGCCCCUACCUGCUCCAGUACUUUGUAAUGUCAGUGUUUAUAUAAAUACUUGCGUUUGUUUUACAUGAAUAAAGAAAUUAUUAAUCUAAA